AUGGAUAAAGAUUCCUUCAGUGGUUUGCUGACGCGACUACAGAGCGUCGAUCAUGAUGUCCGUACGGAGGCGGAGACCGCCUUGACAAAUAUUCCUCCCCCAAAUCGACUAAGCCUGCUUCUGCAGUCCAUGGCUGACGCGUCUCUCACUCCCGAGUCGGAAAAUCCUGGCCUUCGUGAAAUAGCCUGCCAUCUCUUCGCAUCUGUGCCCGCUGUGUUCGGUCCCGACCACACCGCUAACAUGCCUCACAUUGCGCAUAUGUUGAACCAGGCACUUGCUGACCAAUCGCUCAAGGUUCGGAUCGCUGGAUUUCGGGCCCUUUGCGCUUUUCUAGUGCAUAAUUCCACCGAAACCUCUGUACAGCAUGCUCUCAAAGAUCUCGCUCAACCAGCCUUGAUGAUUCUGGUCAAUUCAGAACUCGCCGACCCCAUGCGUCACAUGGCUUUGGAGGUCAUAAUCACCCUCUCCGAAAACAUCCCCUCGGGCGUAAGAAAAGCUGGCAAGGACCUCAUUGAGCCGCUUGUACGUACUCUCCUCAACAUGAUGACUGAUCUAGAGGAAGACCCGGAGUGGGAGACCGUGGACGCCGCUGAAGAGGAUGAGGAGGACAGCAAUGCCGUGACUGCCGAAAUGGCCCUCGACCGUUUCGCCUGCGCUAUGGGCAGUCAACAGGUGUUGAAUGAAAUCAUUCGCACAGUGCCCACAAUGCUGCAAGACAGUAAGUUUUGA